AUGAGAUGGAGCACGAAUGAGACAGGGAACGGGAUCGGACUAGAUACCUGGACGAGCGAGACAGACUGCGCGAACGGGAUCGCUUGCGGGAUCGGGAUAGAGAUCGAGACAGGCACAGGGGACGGGACAGAGAAAGAGAUCGAGAACGGUACCGGGGUGAUCGGGAACGAGAAAGAGAACGAGAACAACGAGAACAAGAACGAGAUCGAGAGCGGCUGCGAGACAGAGAGAAGGAAAGAGAUAGGGAUCACAGCUUCAGGGACAGGGAGAGAGAACGAGAUCGAAUGGACAGACGGCGCGAGGAUAGAAUCCAUCGAGACCGGGAACAAGACAGAGAGCGAGGCCGGGAACGGGAACGACUGCGAGCAAGUGAUCGGGAAGGAGAGACUAGAGAGGAACUGGGAUCGCCGAGCUCGAUCGCGGCCACGGCCGACUGCCACCCUUCCCGCCCCCCCACCACUACCACCACCUUGCUACUUCGGAGUAUGCAGACUCGAUAUCGGGAGCGAGUCAGGCCGAGAGGUCACUGUCGGAGCCCACCGAGACUCGGCCCGCCUCCAGCCGACCUCCGCCGUCCCCCACCCCCCCUCGGCCCGCCAAGUGGAUAUCGAGCUACGUCGGGCUAGUCUACGCAACAAUGAUCACGACCGUCGAAGGGGAGAUGAGCGGCACAGCGCAGGCCCUCUGCCGCGUUGCUCACCCCAAUGA